CGUCCUUUCCUCUUCGGUCUUUUUUAUUCCAAUCUUUCUUUACUUACUUAGUACGUGAUUUUUACCCUCUUAACGUUGCAGUCGGUUUUUGGUUUUGCGUCGUGGUGCAUUUGUAUUUCGGAAGUUGAACGGUUUGCAUGUGAGUAAAUGGGCUUAUGCGUUUGACGACCUAAUCAGUUUAUACUUGUCUAGAAAGCAGAGUGCUGCAGCUGUCCCCUCAGAGUUCUUCUUCCUUCCGCCACCGCCACCGCCACCGCCAUCACCCCCUUCAUCUUCCUUCCGCGACUCCUCCUCCCCCUCCCCUUUCUUCCUCCCUCCCCCGCCACGCCCAACGUCCACUCAAGAUGGUCAUGCCCAUUAUUCUUCAGAAAGAUAGGAAAAUUAUAAGCGCCGUGAAGUGCUUAGACCCGCCUUUUGAAUUGCCACAAGAGUUGAACAUAACUUCUCUAGUUUCAACAAAAAAGAUAUCUAACCUUUCAAAAUUUCCCCAAUUUUCACUAAAUCCGGCUCCAGAUACUUCACGUGACCUAAAAGAGUGGGGAAUCUUUUUGAAUUUUCUACACAAAUAUGACAAGGUUGCUAUUAUAAACUUUCAGAAGUACAAGUUUUUCAUUCUACCCCCUUCUAUAGCUUCAGAAUCUAGCCCGGUCAAUGUUGCAUAUGAGAUAGAUAAUACAUGUUCAGUAGAUACUCAUCCAAGGGAUUAUGAAUCAGUGGAAUGUGGUGGACCAAAUACAGCUAAAGAUCUUAAGUUUCCUCCUCGAGCUGAAGACCAUGUCAAUCUUUUUACAGCUGAAACUUGCAAUGAAUUUCAAUCUCGACUCCCUGUGAAAAAUUUCAUACGGGUAGACCCAAGUUACCUGAAAACUCUUGGUCAGGUUCAUUCUGGAUGGAUUUUUGGUGGAAUAGCUGAGCUUGUUGAUAAUUCCAGAGAUGCCAAAGCAACUAAGAUGGACAUUUUUGUAGAUCUGAUCAACUUAAAGAAAUCUGGGAAGGAUGUCCCUAUGCUGUCAGUUAUUGAUGAUGGUAAUGGGAUGAACCAUGCGGAGGUUAUGAAAAUGGUAUCUUUUGGGCACAAACAAUCUGAUAAAGAUGACAAGGAUCACAUUGGCAAGUUUGGUGUUGGAUUCAAAACUGGAGCAAUGAGGCUUGGGAGGGAUGUCCUGGUUCUAACACAGACAACUAAUUCCAGAUCACUAGCUUUUCUUUCACAAUCAUUGAAUGAAGGCAAAGAUAAUAUUGAAAUUCCCAUAGUUAGUUAUUGUCGACAUGGACAACGUAUGGAAGUUGACUUAAGUAUGCAGUCUGAAGCUUUGGCUAAAUACAAUUUGAAAGCUAUUAAGGAAUUUUCACCCUUUAAUAAGUAUCUUAUUGGUGAAAAGGCAGCCUUGUUUGGCGGCGGUACAGGAACACAGAUAUACAUAUGGAACUUGGAUGAAUGGGGAUCAAAGUAUUGUUUAGAAUGGCAUGAUGGAUUGAAAGGUGGGAGUUCUUUUCACCAAGGUGACAUUUUAAUCAGCAGCAAAAGGAUUCGUUCUCGUCCAGGCCAGAUUAGUCAAAAGGUUCCAUUGGAUUACUCAUUACGAGCUUAUUUAGAAGUUAUUUUCUUAGUUCCUCGAAUGAAGAUAAGUGUACAAGGGACACUGGUAAAAAGUCGACCACUAGGGAAUUUCCUGACUCAAAUUGUUAUAGAAACUGAUAACAUCUUGGGAAGGCCUGUUGAAUUAAUUCUCGGAUUUAGUCAAUUAGAGUGGGAGCAAGCAAACUGUGGAAUGUUUUUGUAUUGGCAUGGCCGCUUAAUUGAGGCUUACAAGAGAGUUGGUGGCAUGAUUCAUAAUGCAGAUGUUGGCCGUGGUGUAAUUGGUGUUGUAAAUGUGACCAAUUUAAUGGAUGAGCAGGAUGGAAGGGUGUGGGUACAUAAUAACAAGCAGGGAUUCCAAGACUCUCAACCAUAUGCAUGUCUUGAGCAGUGGCUGGGUAGAAAAGCAGAUAAAUACUGGGACGAUAAUUUUGAUUCUCUUACGUUGGACAAACAAAAUUGUGUCUUCAAACCUGACCAUGAGUGGGUGCAAUGUGACAAGUGCAGAAAGUGGAGAAUAUUACCUUCUGAUUUUGAUAGCAGAAAAUUACCUGUGCAAUGGUUUUGUUAUAUGGAUCCUUUCAAAGGUCAAUGUGCAGAUGCUGAACAGAAGAUGGAACCUGGCAUAGUUAAUGUUUCCACGAAGCGGUCAGGUUAUGAUUGCUUGCUGAAGGAUUCUGAUAAUGAAAAGAUGGAGGUUGUUACAACCUCUGCUACAGGUUCAGUUAUAGGUAUGUGCAGGAGAAAUGACACAUCAUCUAUGGUGAAUGGUUAUGUCCCCUAAUUGAAAGUGGAAGGAGCUGGUCUGCUUGUGUCACUGCUCAAGAAAAGAAAUCCCUCUGGACUCAUAAGUAAAAAAUUGGUCUUUUUGUUGGAUUUAAAUAUAAGUAAAUCUAACUAAUUUUGUCAUAUUUAAUGUUAUCAUUCUUAAAAUGUCUUUCAUUUAAUUUUAUUUUUAUUUUCAAUAAUUCUUUUUUACUCAUAAUAACAAGUUCCAAUGGGGUAUUUUAGAGAUAAUGUUAUUUUUUACUUGAGUUAAGUAAAACUAAAUGAUGUUAACUAUCUUUCUUAAUUAGUAUAAAAUUAAUUAUUUUUGCUUAUAUAUGAGUCCAGAGGGAGUACACAAAAUAACCUUGCUCUUUGUGCAAUAACGUGUGUCUACAAGAGUCUCCAACCCUAAGCUCUCCACGUAUUCUCACACCUGCAAAAUCGUACUCUCAUGAUUGACAGGCUUCAGCUCCUCACAGUUCAAUCCUUUCCUCAGCUGUGUGGCAAUACGGUCUACAUAGGAUCGCAACACAAUGAUCUUUAGGACCUUCUAGAUAAGGGAGCUUAUGAGCCCAUGGUUCAAUUGUAGGUAGCUGGGGUUUAGGAACAACAAUCGGCUAUGCUAUGUCGCCUUUGUUUGUGAGCUAAACCAGUGAUAAAAAUAAGUAAAAAGUUUUGAUAAAUAGUGGAUAGUUGGUUAACUUUUACCAUAACUACCUUACAAAUCAUGUCAACAAUUAUUUUCUAUUAGAAUGACCGUAUAAAUUUUUACACAAACAAUAGAAGUUAAUACUAUUAGAA